GCUUCAACUCUAUCCCACAUAUGGCUUUCAAGUUGAAACUCGAAUAUUCGAUAGUCGCGAUUAGGUACAGAUUAUUGCAGUGCAUGCAGUUUUGAUUCGAUUCCAUUUCCUUCCAAGUAAAUGAUAGAUAAACAAUCGUUCAUCGUAUUCGUUUCGUACUGAAUGUCUGAUCGACUGGUCGUCUAUUCUAGAACAGAACGGGUGCGAAAUUCGUUAUCACUUCAUCGUGAGUCGUCAAGUCGUGUAACUCGUGUAUAGAAAUUUUGAACUUAAUUACUCGCAAUUAUGGUUUUAAAUUAUUUAAAUACCGUUUCUCGUAUUACGUUUGGAAGAGGAGAACUCGAUCAGUACGAUAAAUUCACCGUUCGGGCCACCAUUAUAGGUUUCAAAAAUGAAGACAUAGAUGAUGUCAUGUACGAAGGAUGUCCUGAUGAUUCUUGUAAAAAGAAGGUACACCAACAAGGAAGAUCCUGGUACUGUCCGAAAUGUGACGAAUCGUAUCAUAAUUUCGUAUGGAGAUACAAGUUGAGGGUCGUUAUAGAAGAUCCAUCGCGACGUGCGACGGUAACGAUGUUCGAUAGUGCAGCGAUACCACUUCUGGAUAUGAGUGCUUCUAAUCUGAGGAAGACUUACAAACGCAAACCUUACAAAUACAACUUAAUAUUUGAAGGUUUGAUAGACGAAACAUUUUAUUUCACUAUAAAAACCGCGUUGGUUAUGUAUGACGAAAGACCGCGCUUGAAUAAUAUCAUGAUGUAUUCCAGACCAGUACAUUGAAUUAUAGCAAUUCGCACACGUUUGUUGGAUUAUGAGAAUGAGAUUGGGUUUAUAUUUGUAAGUACUUACUUCAGUAGAGACUUGUUAUUUUAGACUAUUUUUAUUGUUAUUUUGUUCUAAAGAACUGUUUUCGCCUAAAUUUUUAAUGCAGAUAUCUACACUAUGUUUAAGCUACUUGAAUUUAGGUAACGUUUCAAUAUUAUAUUGUUACAAUUAGUUACGAUAAAUUGGUUCGUGAAUGAUUUCUAGCAUUGGAAAAUUGCUCGAAAAUAGACAUUAAGAUAUGCAUUAAAUUUCAAAUUUUAAUGAUGAGAUCAAUAUAAUUGCUAGUUUACUUGUUAUGCGUAUAGGUAUAUCUAUAUUUUGUUUAAAUUAUGUAAAAAUUCGAUACGUAAGCUUUUUUUGAAUAUCCGUCGACCGCUGAAAGCUGAAUGUCCUACUUUUUUACGUCAUGUUAUUUUCGAACGUACGAUGUUCCUAUGCUACAAGGUACGUAAUGAAUUAUUGUAUAUUGUGAUAUAAGUACAAAUUUCACGUAUUCCGGCAUAAAAUUUAAGAAAAAUAAAAUAAGUUCGUCUCUUUUGAGUGCAUUUUAUUUUCAUUUCCAAAAUUUAAAUAAUUCAGCUCACAUGUUUUUGUUGUUUGUCUGUAAAUUUCUACGUCUGGUCACACUGAAUUACACCGUAAACUAUCCGUAAACAAAGGUGUUUGUUAUCAAAAUCGUGAAUAGUGAAAAUUUUUGUCUGAUGGUCGGUUUUUUGUCCAACGUUGAAGUAUUUAUUGUGGAGUAGUUAUUUGGUUUCAUCAAAUCAACGUGAUAUUUUUGAUGUCGGUGUUCGAAAUGGUUACCGUGUAAAUGUAGAAUUAUUCGAUUGAUCGUUCGAAGUAAUCGCGAUAUCACCGGUGUUGUGUAGUUCAGAUUCAGAUCCAGCGUUUAUUCAUUGGAAUUGGAACUUGGAAGCGAGUAUCUCCUGUACAGAACAAGAAUAUUCUUAUCGACCAAUCAGGAGCCCGAAGAAUUGGUAUCAUUGCAAGAGUUGAAAUUUUACGCAACACUUCUUUCCGUUGACUUUACAGAUCUCCUUUUACCAACCUACUCUCACGGACCAGACGACCAAUCAGGAGCCCGAAGAUUUCUAUCGUUGAAGAGUUGAAACUUUAUGCAACAUUUUCUUUCUGUUGAGUGAAAUCGUCUAAUAUUCGUUGCUGAAAAACUCCAGAUGUGCGGAAAUAAGAAAUUCGAUAGAUUACCUACCACCGUUAGACCAUCAUUGUACGAUUUGUUUUUAAAACCGGACCUGAAAAACUUCAAAUUUGAUGGCAAGGAGACAAUUUUUCUGCAAAUUCUCAAAUCAACUGAUAAAAUUAUCCUAAAUUGUCUAGAUUUGGUCAUAAAUCGAGCGCAAUUAAAAUUGUCUUCGAGUAAUGAAAUUCUCACGCCGGAAUGUUCCCUAUGUUUGGAGGAGGAGACGUUGACGUUGGUUUUUUCGGAAGCUCUUCCUGUAGGCGAUGCCGAGCUUAGUAUAGAUUUCGCAGGCGAGCUGAAUAAUCUGUUGAAAGGAUUUUAUCGCAGCAAAUACACACCAGUGGCUGGUAAAGAAGAAAAAUACUGCGCUGUCACCCAAUUCUGUGCCACCGAUGCUCGAAGAUGUUUUCCAUGCUGGGACGAACCAGCAAUCAAGGCUCGUUUUGAUAUCACUCUAGCUGUUGAUUCUGAUAAAGUAGCUUUAUCUAAUAUGCCCGUAGAAAGUGAAAAUCCUUCCAGUUCAAGCGAUGGAACCAAGGUUGUAAAAUUUCAACGAACACCUAUCAUGUCAACCUAUCUAGUGGCAGUAGUGGUAGGCGAUUUCGAUUACGUGGAGGAUAAAACAAGCGACGGAAUUCUAGUACGAGUAUAUACUCCACCUGGUAAAAAAGAUCACGGUCGUUUCGCCUUACAUUGUGCUACUAAAGUAUUGCCAUUCUACAAAGAGUACUUCAAUAUCGCGUAUCCUCUUCAAAAAAUAGAUUUAAUUACUAUCGCAGAAUUAUCAGCAGGUGCGAUGGAAAAUUGGGGAUUAAUCACGUUCAAAGAGACAUCUUUACUGGUCGAUGAAUCAAACCCAUCAGCAUCCAAUAAACAAUCUGUUGCUAUCGUAGUUGGACACGAAUUGGCGCACCAGUGGUUCGGGAAUUUAGUCACAAUAGAAUGGUGGACUGAUCUAUGGCUAAAUGAAGGAUACGCUUCGUUUGUGGAGUACCUUUGCGUAGCGUAUUUAUUCCCCGAGUACGAUAUCUGGACCCAGUUCGUGACUCAAAUGCAUUGUCGAGCUUUAGAAUUGGAUUCGUUGAGAAAUAGUCAUCCGAUCGAAGUACCUGUGAACCAUCCGUCCGAAAUAAAUGAAAUUUUCGAUCAAAUUUCGUACAAUAAAGGCGCCUCUGUGAUUAGAAUGCUGUACGAAUAUUUGGGAGAUGAUUGUUUUCGUAAAGGAAUGAAUUUAUAUCUGACCAGACAUCAAUACAGUAAUACGCAUACUGAAGAUUUAUGGAUUGCUUUAGAAGAAACUAGUAGUAAACCUGUCAAAGCUGUAAUGUCUACUUGGACGAAACAAAAAGGUUAUCCAAUAAUCACCAUCGAAAACAGUGUCCAGGAUGGUGACAAUAUUCGUACUUUUACUGUUCGUCAGACUAAAUUCACCUUAGAUGGAGAACCAGAUGAUGAUACUUUAUGGCUCAUCCCAUUAUCAUUCAGCAAACAGUCCAAUCCGGGUGAAAAAUGUUUCACAACAGUUUUAGAAGGACGCGAAUGUAAAAUAUCUAUUCCUAACGUAUCUGCCGAAGAAUGGGUCAAACUAAAUCCCGGAAAUGUAGGCUUUUAUAGAACGAAUUACCUACCAAAUAUGUUAAAGCAGCUGAUGCUUUCGAUUUCCAAUAAAACCUUGCCACCUUCCGAUCGACUUGGUAUUCUCGAUGAUUUAUUUGCUUUGAUGUUGGUUGGUCAAUGCGAUGCUCCCCAAGUAUUAGAUUUAAUGUUAGCAAUGACCGCAGAAGAUAAUCUAACCGUCUGGACGAAUAUGGCAAAAUAUCUGGAGAAGUUUGCUACCUUGUUACGUGGCACAGAUUUCGCCCAUUUAUACGACGCUUACGGAUUGAAAUUAGUCAGACCUAUUUCGAAGCAAUUGGGCGUCGAUCCAAAACCAGGCGAAUCUCACCUGGUCACAUUACUUAGAAGUUUGAUAUUCGAUUUAUUGGUUGGAUUCGGUGAUCGUGAAUUCCUAGACUUGGCGAAAGUAACGUUUGCUGAACACCAGAGUUUGAAAAAAUCAAUACCGGCUGAUUUACGAAUUGUUAUCUACAAAGGUGUUAUCGCUGCUGAAGGCAAAUCUGCGUUCGAUUCGUUGAUUAAUAUGUAUAGAAAUACUGACGUAGAAGAAGAAAAAGAUCGAAUUUUGAAAUCAUUCUCGUCCAUCACAGAUCCAGAAUUAAUUGACGAAGCUCUGAAAUUUGCCCAAUCGAACGACGUUUCUUCCAUCAGCACGGUAGCAAUUUUAACUUCAAUAUCAUCGUCGAAAGUAGGUCAUGAGAAAUGUUGGCGUUUCGUGAAAGGAAAUUGGCAAAGCUUAUUUUCCAAAUAUGCGGGAGGUUUAUUUUUAUUAACUCGUAUCGUGAAAGCUUCCACCGAAAAAUUUACCAGUGAAGAGAAAGCUGCAGAAAUACAAGAAUUUUUCGACAAAACCGAUACAAAUGGAAUUGAAAGAACCAUUAGUCAGUCUCUGGAAACCAUUCGGAAUAACGCACGAUGGUUCAAAAAAGAUGGAGAUUCUAUUAAAGCGUACCUCGAAAGAAUUAUUUCCUGAACUUACAUAUGUGUAAUUUGUUUAUUAUUACCGUGUCGAAUCAUUUCAUUAUAUUUAUUGAAUCGAU